GACCAUGCUGGCUGCAAGAUGGUCUCUUCAUUUUUACCAUUAAGAGACACACAGACACUGUGAGUCAGCCUGGAUCUGUUUUCACUGCCUGCUCCUCCUGUGCUGCAACUGCCGCUGUAGGGCCCCUAAAAUAUUUUCUCAACUUCUUCCAAAUCAAUGAUUCUCAUGCAACUCGACUGUGGUAGUUUCUCUUUUUUGUGUGGGGAAUAACCUACUUCCAGAGAAGUGUGGAUACGCUCUACCCACCCAUACAGACUAUGCACCAUUUUACGCAGGUUUAUUGUUUCCAUUUUAUGGCAGUAUGAAAUAGGCUAUCGAUUUAACUUGUCCUAUUUCAACUUUGGCGAAGAUUGGAUUUUUAAACGAGCUGGGCUGGGCAUCUCCGGCCGGACCCGCCUGGGAGCAGAGGAUCACAGGGACUGUGUGACUCGCAGGUCGGAGUGCGCAAAGCAACGCGCCCCUGUGAUUCAUCCGCAGUUUCCAGACGGUGCGCAGGUGGAAGAGGAGAGGAAGCAGCCGCUCAGGACGGACGGAUGAAACGACCAGGGAUGUUCAAUACGCGCAAGAUUUAUUCCACCUAAGGAACAAACUGUUUUUUCUCCACCCCUCGGUGUUGCAUUGAUUUGGAACCACUGGCUUGAUUUGGCGCAGCUGUAACCCAUUUUUCCUCCAUGACAAAAGUUUGACUGUUAAAAAAUGAUGCUCUGCUCCGCUCCUGUUUCUUCAUGCAAUGCUGUGGAUUCCGGCGUCAGCGUAAGUGGCCAGUCAUCACUUGAGAAAUAGCUGCGAUUCUUUCGGUCUUAAUUUCGGUGCCAAUUUCAACAAACAGAGGGCUUUAUUCUCUCACAUCAUCACUCGCCCGGGAUUGCAUCCAUUUGAAUUAAUGUCGCACUCCAUAAUGGACUUCCUCGGACUGUACUUCUUACAGCUGGCUCUCAUUGGAGUCCCACGUAUGGUUCUCUCUGCAGGCGGGAGGGACUGCCUGCGUGCCGGAGACACCUGCUCCAGCGACGACACCUGCAGCCCGCGACUGCGCACCCUCAGGCAAUGCGUGGCGGGGGACGGCAGCGUGAAGCUGGGGCCCGGGGCGCGAAACCAGUGUGAGAAUGCCAUGACGGCGUUGCUGUCCACUCCGCUGCACGGCUGCCAAUGUAAACGAGGCAUGAAGAAGGAGAAGAACUGCCUGAGUAUCUACUGGAGUCUGCAUCAGUCGGUGCUGCACGGACUCAGCCUGGUGGAAGAUUACCCGUAUGAACCGGAGGAGAGGGGCUCUGACUACGUUCGCUUGGCCUCCAUCGCUGCAGAGUCUGAAGUUACAACGGUGAACCGCUGCCUGGAUGCUGCCAAGGCGUGUAACAUAGAUGAGACGUGUCAGAAGCUUCGUACGGAAUACGUCUCGUCCUGCAUCCAGCCGUCAGCCCGCUCGGGGCCAUGUAACAGACCAAAGUGCAACAAGGCGCUGAGGAAGUUCUUUGACCGCGUUCCUCCCGACUACACCCACGAGCUGCUGUUCUGUCCCUGCACCGACACGGCCUGCGCAGAGCGCCGCCGGCAAACCAUUGUGCCGUCCUGCUCCUACGAAGACAAGGACAAGCCCAACUGCCUGGCUCAGCUGCGGAUCUGCAAAGCAGACUACGUGUGCAGGUCUCGCUGGGCACAGUUCCAGUAUGAUUGCCAACCUUCCGAGCAGAGCGCCACCGGCUGCAAGCAGGAUAACUACGGAGCAUGUCUACUUGCUUACACCGGCCUGAUAGGAAGCACAAUAACUCCCAACUACCUUGACAACUCCACAUCCAACACGGGACCCUGGUGCUCCUGCGCAGCGAGCGGCAACCACAGGGAACAAUGCAGCGACUUCCUCACUUCCUUCCACGACAACGUCUGCCUGAAAAAUGCCAUCCUGGCCUUCGGGAAUGGAUCGGAUGUGAAAACGGGCGCCAGCCAGCCCGGUAUGCCCAGUCCAGCGACGGACAACCAGAGCCCGCACUUGGCAACCACCGCCCCGGGUGUCUCCAUGGAAACAGAGCAGAACAUUCUGAGAGCACAGAUACCUACUCAGGUAAACGAGAAUGACAGAUUGUGGGGCGACGAGGGAGACUCCACUCUUCCCUCUCCAGGCCUGUCGGACCGCGGAGCCGAGCCCGUCCGCCUGUCCCUGCUGCUGGGCCUCGGUUGGCUGCUCCUGCUGCUGCUCUCCGACCAAUAAGAGGCCUCGGCCACCUGGCCUCCACGGACUAAACUCCAGACCUGGGGGGGAGGGUCGGUGUGAGAGAAAGAAAGAGCCAUUUCUAUGUGUCAAAUGACAGCGGGGGAAAGGGUCGACUCUGUUCUGCCUCCUCCCCUCUCCCUCUCUGUCACAGAAAUCACACUUUAUCUCUUUUUGUGAAUCAUGAGUCAGAGCAGAUGUGUUGUGCAGCCCAUGCCCUUGAGAAGACCGCCGGAGAGGGUGCCGCUACCGCACCAGGGGGAGGGGGGGGGGGGGGGAUCUAGGAAGUACACACCUCAUUACUUGCUUCACGCCUGCCCCACAUACAAACUGUUUCACAUGACACACACACGCAGACUUUGCUCAUAUGAAAAUAAUGCCCAAGCUACAACGGAAGGAGCCCGUGGGUUCAGAAGGUGUACAGUGAAGAGACACUGAAGAUGCAGUGUGGGAAAACUAAAAAAAAUAUAUAUAAAAAAUACUUUUUUUGUCCCUGAACAUUCCUUGAUGUAAAAGAAAAAUAUUAAAUGUUAAGACUUUUGUCUCAGAUAAACUGUGAUGAAGUGUAACACGAGAUUUAAGGUGGAUGUGUGUCACUCUGCUCAUUCAGCUUUGCUUUUUAUUUUAAUGCCACAUUUUGAUUUUAAUCAGACAUAAUUUUCUUACCCAGAAUGCUAGAUGGAAGCACAUAAUAUAAAUAUAUAGUUAUAAUCCAGUCAGAUCACAAUGAAUUCUUUGACUGUUUGUUGUUGUGUUUUAAGUUGCAGUAUGAAGAGUUCAUUUCCAAAUACAGAAUAUAUAUAGAAAAAAUUAAGUUGUAAAUUGAAAUUUAAAUAAUAUUAAGAUCUCCCAAAGUCUGUAAAAGUGUUUUAUUUUGUCAAUCAAGGACCUACAUUAUUUUAGCCUUUAAUUGUUUUAUUUUUAAGGCUCUAAAUCAUUUUGUAUGACUAGAUGUUCCUUUUUGCAAAUGGUGGAUACCUCACUUUGGAAGGGGACUCUUCAUAUAUUCAUUCAUUAAGCUUUUAAGUGUGGGGGCCUGAAAAACAUUUGGGUUAUUUCUUUUUCAGAAUUGUAAAAAAAAUAACGAAAAAAAAAAUUGUGGUUUUGGUGACGCAACAAAAGAUGGAUACAAGUUUAUAUUUUUUAAGUAUAUGUGGACUUUGCCGCAGAGAAAACAGACAUUUAUCGACAAGUUUGUGACCAAUCAUGCUUUGCCGUUGCGGGAGGACUGGUGGGAAAACAGACGGUGCAGGUUUUGAUGCAUGAACGGAUGCAUCUGUCUUUCGUGGGACUUGUGAGAUGAAGGUGGUGAUCCAUGUUGGCCCGCUACUAGAUGGGACUCUUUGCUCAACGUGGGACACCGGAGGAUUUACAAUAUGUACUGUCAAAGCACAACUCUGCUUUGUGAAGCGGACAUGUCUACGAAAAAAGUGUUGAGAUGGAGAUUGGUUAGCUGCAAACGCUCUUAACAAGGAAUGUGUCAUCUUCAAUACUGCCAUUCAAUUCAGUUAUCUGAAGAAACAGCCCGUUUGUUUCGCUGCAUUAUUAAAUGACACAACAUAUGCUGAUUUUAACACCAGGACAGAGAACGUGUUGGCCCAGCUACAAGCAGACCUGAUGAAAAUGACACAUUUCUAGCUCAAGUUGGACCUAAAAAAGCUCACAAUAUAAGCUCAUAAUAUUGUCAUAACAGCACAAUACUUGUUGGAUUUUGCCUGCCAAAUUCUUCAGGAAGGAAAAAAAACUGUUAAUUCUUCCUCACUGAUGUCCAUGUAUUCUUGAAAUGGGACCCCAAAUGGGUUUUAACAGGGUUGUAAGGACCUAAAAGUAAUUCAACACAUAAACGUCUGUUUUAAAGGGGCGGUACACUCAAAUCACAAGUGUUUUCUCACUUACCCUCUGUGGUACUGGGACCUGCAGAUAUCAUUGGUUUUAUUUGCCCAGGUUUUGUCAUUCUCUGCUGCCAUCCAAAUACAAUAAAGAUCAUUGAAAUUUUUCU